CACGUGAACCAUAAUAUGAGUUGAUGCAAGUUUUGUAUGGUUUCUUUUUUUGUCUAUUUGUAAUAAUUGUUGAUUUUGUUUGAUAAUUAGUUCAAUUAUUUCGUUAAUUACAAAAAAAGUCUUAUAUUCUGUAUAUUUUGUAUAUUCCUGUUGUUAGAUUUCAUCACAACUGUUGAUAGUGGGGAUGGAGUUUGAUAAAUCAGCAUAUGUUUUAUACCAUAGUGCCCAGACUGGCUUUCCUUGUUUAAGUUUUGAUAUUAUUCCUGACGGUGAUGGCUCAGGAAACGAUAGAUUGGCUCAAGAUAAUUUGUCAGUUUAUAUGGUUACUGGAACCCAGGCUCCAAAAGCCCACCUAAACACCAUUCAUGUACUGCAUUUAAGCCGAAUGACUAAAUUUAAGCAGAAAAAUAAUGACGAAGAAAGUGAUGAAGAAUCUGAAAGUAGUGAUGAAGAGGAUGAUGGUUCACCAGAUUCUCAACCAUUAUUAAGAUCCGCUGAAAUACCUCAUCCAUGGGGAGCUAUCAAUCGCAUAAGGUUCGCUGAAGUUGGUUCCAGUAUGCUGGCUGCUUCUUGGUGUGAUUCUGGUGCUGUUCGUAUUUGGAAUUUAAAUAAACAGUUACAAGAGCUUAAAAAUUCUUUUUUCAAUAAAAGCGAAGCUGGACCUCCUUUAUUUACAUUUAGUGGACACCAAGUAGAAGGUUUUUCAAUUGCUUGGUCAGACGUGGCUAAAGGAUACUUGGCUACUGGUGACUGUGCCAAAAAUAUUCAUAUUUGGGUUCCUAACGAAGCAGGUACUUGGCAUGUUGACCAAACACCUUUAAUUGGACACACGAAAUCAGUUGAAGAUAUUCAAUGGUCACCUACAGAGCCUAAUGUAAUAGCUUCAUGUUCAGUUGACAAAUCAAUCCGAAUUUGGGAUACAAGAGCUAGAAAUCUUUCUUCCUGUAUGAUAGCAAUCGAAGAUGCUCAUGAAUCAGAUGUUAAUGUAAUAUCGUGGAAUAAAUUGGAUACUUUCUUCCUUCUUUCUGGAGGCGAUGAUGGAGCCAUUAAAGUUUGGGAUUUCCGCAAGUUUGCUAACUCAGUCAAAACUAACAAACCAGUUGCCGUUUUCAAAUAUCAUCUUGAACCAAUUACCUCCGUUGAGUGGCAUCCAUCGGAUAACACGGUUUUUGCUGCUUCCGGAGAAGAUCAUCAGAUAACUCUGUGGGACUUAGCUGUGGAAAAAGACGAUGAAGAAAUAGAAUCAGAAGAUCAAGAAUUGAAAGAAGAAGGAGCCGAUGAAGACGAAGAAAAUGAAGAGUUGAAAGCCGAGAAAAACGCUCCACCGCAACUAUUAUUUGUUCAUCGUGGUCAAAGAGACAUAAAAGAGCUACACUUUCAUCCUCAAAUUCCGGGUCUUGUGAUUAGUACGGCUGCUAAUAGUUUUGAUAUUUUCAAAACAAUAUCAGUGUAAUUCUUGUAUAAAAUAUUCAGCAACUGUUAAGACAAAAACGGUUUAACUGUCUUCAAUCUAUGCUUAAGCAGUUCAAAUGGAUUAUAAUUUUUUUGUACAAAUACUGACAAACCUUUAUAAUGGUUUAAGCUUAACGUUGAUUAAAAGAAAUCUUGUUAUAAUUGAAA